AUGCCAGUUUCGCUGCACGCCUGCGCGCUGGCCGGAGGCGCGCAGUGCGCCUGCAGCCGCUCCCUCGACGACGACGUCUUCGCCGUGCUCAUUCGCGUCCUCGUGAGGACGCCGAGGCGGCGAGGUCCGGGGUCGCGCCCAGUGCCGUUGGAGCCCUCAGAACGACCAGAGUGGGCCCAGAACAUGGCGCUGCGGUGGGGCGAAUUGCGGGAGGCCGAUGACUUCGCUGACACGGCCCACAGACGCCUUCUGCUGCUCAAGAGGGCAAUUGCGAGCGUCAGCCUGGAGAUGAACACGUCCGCGCAGCACGCGGCAGCAGCGACGGCCUCGGACCGCCUUGGCUGCGCCAUCCGCUGUCUACGAGCGGUAGAGGAGGGCAGAUGGCUGGCCGCGCAGCGGGCGGUCGACGAGUUCCCAGAGCUCAUCGACCAACACAGGCUGCAGGCUGCUUUCGCCGGCAACGGGGAGGCCCAGCGGGCGCUCAGGGACAGGGCGGUGCAGCUGGACAAGGAAGACAUCCACCAGGAACUCCGCGACCUCGAGUCGGCGUCGCCAGGGCUGCCCCCGGAAGUCGCGGCGGCGCGUCGCGAGACGGUGGCUGACAAGAUUCGGCGCCUGAAGCCCGGGUCUGGGUCGCACCUGACCGCAAUCAAGGGGCCUGACGGGAACGUGUCAACAGAUCCAGAAGCAAUCGCGCAGGAAUUGGCCAGGCACUGGAGCGGCGUCUUCGCGGAGAGGGGCGUUGAUGACGCCAGGCUGACAGCGUGGCUUCAGGAGAGCGGCGCCCGCGGCGACACAAGCUUGCCAUCCCAUCCCGGCCAGUGGAGUGUCCGGCGGCAGGACGUCCACACCGCGCUGCAGCAGGCGCGGGCCACGUCGCCGGGGCCAGACGGCAUCAGCGCCAUCCUUUGGAGACGUCUGGGCGCGUUGGCAGAAGAUGUGCUUUUUGAUGCAGCCUGCUCGUUGUCAUCCUCGUCAGCACCAGCCGACCUGCAGGCAGCGUACGCAGACGAACUCGACGAUCACGCCGGCGCAAGAGAGCACAGUUUUAACCUCGGGCUCCUCUGCUGCGUUCCGAAGAAGGCGGUGGAGCUCCACCCGACUUUCGGGGAAGUCUACACAGCCGAAGGAACUCGUCCGCUAUCUCUCGUCGACACAUCGAACAGAAUCAUGGCUGGCGCCUACAAGCAACGAUGGGAGGGCCCCCUUGGGCAAUGGGUCUCCUCGGUGCAGAGGGGGUUCCUACCUUGGCGCUCAAUGCUGGCCAACGUGGUGGAGCUGGAGCACGACGCCAUGCUGACGGCGACCCAGAAGCAGCGCGGCAUGAUCCUCCUGGUGGACUUCAAGGCUGCCUUCCCCUCGGUAUCUCACCGCUUCCUGCGCAGGUGCCUGGAAGGCUUUGGCAUGCCUGGUGAGGCCCUGCGGGUCCUGGACGCGCUAUACGACCAGGGGCGGUGUAAGGUUGCAGUUGGCGGCGCCCGAUGGCCCGGGUUUUCUUUGCGCUCCGGCAUAAGACAAGGAUGCCCGCUAUCGCCGCAAGUGUUCGCGACCGCCAUGGACCUGUUGCUCCGGGUGCUGACCUCCCGCCUCGGGCCCGCGGCGACGAUUCGAGCUUUUGCGGACGACGUCGGUAUUAUCUUGACAGACAUCGAGACGCAGUUGCCCAUCUUGGAACUGGCGCUCCGCGAGUUCGGCCAGCUGUCCGGCAUGGAGGUGGACCUGCCCAAGACAGUCGGCAUCCCGCUAUGGGGCGGCACGAUGGAGGAGGCCGCAGCAACUGUCGCCCAGGCGUGCCCUUCAUGGAGCCAACUUCCGCUGAGACGGGCCGCCGUGUAUCUCGGAUGCGCAGUCGGGCCGGGCAAGGGGGACGUCAUGUGGAGCACUGCCUUGAAUAAGUUUCGAGAACGUGUGGGUGGAUGGCAAUGGAGCGACAUGGGGCUGCACUUCGCGGCGGCCGCCUACAACUCCUACGCGCUUCCAGUCCUGUCGUUCCUCGUGCAAGUGGCGGCGCCAACUGAUGACGUGCUGGCAGCUGAGUCGUGGGCACUGCGGAGGGCCGCGCCGGGGCCCGGCAACUGGGCGAUGCCCGAAGACCACUGGGGCUUGAAGGAGAAUUACGGAAUGCCGCGAUCUUUCGGCUCCCUGCAAGACUUGACGAAAGCAGCCCAGCUCCGGGUCUUCCACUGCGAGAACUCGGCCCACGGAGGGCUGCAGCUCGAGGUGAGAGCUGCGCAGCUCCGCACAGCGGCGGCGCUCUCGCGGUUCCCGGAGCGCUUCCUGCUAUGGGCAACGUGGUUUUCGACAGCCAUCCCGGCCGCACUGUGUCGGAACGCCGACGAGCUGCGGGCCCAGAGCAUCACGACAGCCAAGGUCGAGGCAGCUGCAGCAGAGGGCGGACGGACGUUCCAAGCGGCCGCGCGCGAGCUGAUCGCAGCGAAGGCGCGGAGAGAUCCGCAUUUCCGGAUUCGCCACAAAUUCGAGAGGUGGCAGCUGCCUGGGGCGCCGCGGACAGCGGCGACCCGCUUCGAACACAACCUUCAAAGACUGCGCGGACUGGUCCCUCCCCGAGUGGUUGCUGCAGUGUUCAGCACUGGGUGGAACAGAUGGUGCACAGCACGACGUUUCCAACGACGAGCGGCAACCAGCAACUUCUGCAAGCUGGGCUGCGGCGGCGUGGCAGAGGACAGCAUCGAACACUACACGCGCUGCCGCGCCGUGCGCCGCUUCCACGCCACGUCCAUGCGCAUCGACGCAGAUUGGUUAUUGCCGCACUGGCUGGUUGUGCACCACACGCAGCGCAGCGACGUGGACUUGGUGCUCGGCGCGCUCAGGGCCUACGCAGUGUACAGAGCUACCAAUGCCGCGCGGGCGCUCGGCGGUAUGACCGCCGAGGGCGCCGCGAGGGCUCUGCAGCAGGCCCUGCGGGACGCGGUGGCUGGACACCGCGGCGCGGAGCGCGUGCUCCGAGGCUGUGCCGACCUGCUGGUCGGGGCCUGCAGGUCCAUCCGCGGCUGUGGAGGCCCCAGGUUGUCUGAGGCGCUGGUGUCCCGCCAGGGGAGCUUCGCUGGCCUGCCAGGCGCUUCGCCCCUCGGAGCGUCCUCGUCCACGCCGGCGGCACCACCGUGCGCCGGCGGCGACGCCGCCUCCCCGGCAGCCUCGCCGCUGCAGGGCGCGGCGGCGCACCUGGCGGCAGAGGCCCCCCGUCCCGUGCGGUGCGCCGCGCCGGUGCUUCAGAGGCAGGCCGUGGGUUUGGUCAUGUGGUGGGUGGGCUGGGUCCAGGAGUGCUUCAUGCAGUGGGCGCACCGGAUACGUGCCCGCUGCCUCCGGGUCAAGCCUUUGGCGCUCCGUGCCCGACAUCGGCCGGGGGGCCCGGCCGCGGCAUGUGGCACGAGAAUGAGCGGCAAUUGGUACGUCGGCCAGAAGGUAGAGUACUGGAGCCCCUCGUACAAUGAGUGGAUCGAGUGCCAGAUCUCGGCCGUGAAGCCCGAGGGCCUGAAGCUGCAGCACCUGGACGGCUCCAACCUCAAGGAGUCGGCCGAUCCAAGCAGGGUGCGGCCGAAGGAAGACAAGCCCAAGGCCAGCGCUGCCUCCAGCCCGCCCCCGCUGCCCUCCAGCGGCGCCGCCGCCGCUGGCGGCGGCGCCGCGCGACGGGCCUCGCAGGGCGGCAGGCCGCCCCCGGGCGCCGCUGGCGCGUCGCAGCGCUCCGCCUCGCCCGCCGCCGCCUUGGGCUCGCCGCCGGCCCAGCGCCGGCCGUCCUCCCGCGGCGCCCUCAGCGUCGGAGGCGCGGCGGUGGUCGCCGGCGGCGCUGGAGGCGCGGGGUUGCGCCAGCUGUCGCCGGGGCCCGCGGCCAAGGCUGCCGGGCCCGCAGCCGCCGGAGGCGGCUCGGCGCCCUCGUCGGCGCGGGGGCGGCCGCCCGGCGCGGGGCAGCCCGGGCGGCCGCUGCAGCAGGCGCCGGGGCAGCCAGGCGAGGCGCAGGCGCUGUACGCGGGCGACCGCGUGCGGCUAAAGGGCGGGCGGCUUGGCCAGGUCAUGUACGUUGGGCCGGCCAACUUUGCAGGCGGCAGCGUCGUUGUCGGCAUUAAGUUGGACGACAGGAAGCCUGGCUCUGACUGCGACGGGAAGGUCCAGGGUGAGCGCUACUUCCGCUGCAGCGCCGGGCUGGGGACGUACGAGCCCAGGGGCGAGGUCGAGCUGGUGCCGCCCGAGCUCGCGGACGAUGACGUCAGGCAGCUUGCGUUUGUGCAGGCUCCCGAUGCAGAAUCCUUCGACUUGGAGACAGAAUUGCAGCAGCUGGCAGGUCUCAAGGAGGUAAAGGACAGCAUCAAACACAUCCGCAACUUCGUCGAGGUCCAGCGCAGGCGCAGCAACGUUGUUGGCGGCGGCAGCUUCGGCAAGGCGCUGCACUUCGCGCUCGCCGAGGGCUCCUCUGGCUGCGGCAUCACCACGGCGUGUCGGCUCCUCGGCGGCAUGCUGCUGAAGCUUGGGGUCCUCAGCAAGGGUCACGUGGUGGAGGUCACCAAGAGGGACCUCCUCACGGGCGCGAGCAGCAGUGAGGUGGAGCCGAGGCUCAAGAAGAUGGUGGCGGCGGCCAGCGGGGGCGUGCUGCUCCUGCGGGAGGUGGACGCGCUGGGCGACGUCGGCGAUCGGCACGCCCAGGAGGCGCUGCAGGCCAUCUGCAGGCUCUUCGAGGACCCGUCGGGCCAGGCCGCGUGGCCGCAGCCGGUGUGCGUCGCGCUCGCAGGGAAGCGCAGCGAGCUCCAGAAGUGUUUUUCCGACCAGCCGCCACUGGCGGAGGCAGUCUAUGCACGCCUGGACUUCGUCGAUCUCACCCCCGACGAGGUCGCCCUCGUGCUGCGAAAGCUUGUGCGAGAGAGCAAGUUCCAGCUCUCCGAGGAGUUGUCUUCCGAUGACAGACUGUCUGCGCUCGUGCGCCGGCGCGCGCUUGUCCACGGCGGCGCAGCGGCGCCGAAGAACACGCGCCUGGCCCGUGCCAUGCUCGAGGAGGCGAUGGCGCGGCACACCGACCGCGUCUAUGCGGCGGGGAUCAUGACGUACGAAGGGCUGACCACCCUCUGCGAGGACGACUUCGAGGACCGGAGCAGCGGGGAGAACGAGGCCGCCCAGGCGGCCCUCAAGAAGCUGGGCGGCAUCGUGGGCCUGAAGCCCGUGAAGGAGUUCGUGCACUCGCUCCACGCCCAGCUGCAGCUGCAGCAGCAGAAGCGGGAGCUCGGCAUCGCUAUGAACGGCGCCUCGUCCACGCUCCACAUGGUCUUCACUGGGAACCCUGGCACCGGCAAGACUACCAUAGCGAGGGUGGUGGCAGAUCUGUUGCGGGCGCUCGGGCUGCUGCGCACCGGGCACCUCGUCGAAGCAGACCGCUCUGCACUCGUGGCAGGCUACAGUGGGCAAACGGCGAUCAAGACCAAGGCCGUUGUCGAGAGCGCGCUCGGCGGCGUUCUCUUUGUCGACGAGGCCUACGCUCUGAUCGGGGACGAGGGCAAGGACUCGUUCGGCCGCGAGGCACUGGACACUCUCAUCAAGCUGGUCGAGGACUUCCGCUCCGACCUGGUGGUGAUCUUGGCCGGGUACAGCGCAGAGAUGGACAAGCUCCUGGAGACGAACCCGGGGCUGCGGAGCAGGUUCCCCACGCUGCUGGAGUUCGACGACUACAGCGGGGAGGAGCUCCUGGAGAUCGCCGAGCAGAUGCUCCGGCAGGACGUGCUGGUCCUGUCCGAGAGCGCCGCGCAGAGGCUCAGGUCCGUGCUGCAGGUGGUGGCCGCGAAGUCCGGGGGGCGCGAUGCCCGCGCGGCGGGCAACGGCCGCGCGGUGCGGAACAUCCUCGAGAGGGCGAAGCGGAGCCAGGCGGUCCGCCUUCAGCGCCAGGGCGGCAGGCGGACGCAGGAGGAGCUCUGCAUGCUCCUGCCCGAGGACUUCGAGGGCGCUGGGACGAGACAAUUGCUGGAGGAGUUGUGCAGCAUCCGCGCGCACAACAUGCGCUUCUUCACGGGCCGGCAACAGGGCAUCAUGUCGGCGAACUGGAAGCAGUUUUUCCGUGACACGGGCCAUGCCGCCGCCGCGAGGUCCACGCCCCACGCGAGGAGGUCGCCCUCGAGGCCGCGGCCCUCGAAGUCGCCGCCGCCCAGCGGUGGCGGCCCCGCUGGCUUCGCGAGCGCUCCCGCGGCGGCGACAACAGAGGGCGCGCCGUGCAGGAGGCCGCGGCCGCCCCAGGAGCUGCCCUCGCUCGGCGCGGCACGCCUGCCCGGCGAGGCGCCGGAGGCGCGCCGCGCGACGUCGUCCUCGUCGAGGACCCGCGCGCCCCGGCAGCGCGCGCGCACGGGCGCGCCGCCCCCCGUCUUCCGCCGCACGCGCUUCAGCAACCGCAGCGGGCGGAGCACCUGGUCGUCCAGCGCGGCCUCCGUGGCCACGCUCGGCUCGGCGUCGCCCUCGCCCGCGGGCGGCCGCGACGCCAGCCGCGGUGCCGCGCGCGCGGCGGCGGCAGCCUCGCAGCAGGCGCCGAGGCGGGACCGCAGCCUGCACGAGCCGCCGCCGAGCCUCGGCGACGCGCCGCCCGGCGGGAGCCCGGCGCCGCCGUCGGCCACGAGGUCGGCGUCGCGGACCGCCGGUGCGGAGGUUCAGCGUCGGACAGCUGCUGACCACCUUCCACAGAAGGCUUCACUACAGGCUCAGAGGCUGAGCCUGCGCGAGCUGGGCGAGGAGUUCCGGCGGUGCCUGGAGGAGCGCGGCACCGCGCCCCGCGACGGCCUGCCCGGCGGGCCGCCGAGGCGGCCGGCCACGGAGGAGGCCUCCUCCGCCACCGCGGCGAGGCCAGCGAGCCGCGAAGAGCGGAUGAGGGAGGUCGCAGAGUCGCUGGGCGUGCCGCUGAAAGCCGUGCGCUCCGCGCACGCGCUGUUCCAGGAGUACGCGGGGGACGCGGCGGCCGCCGUUGCGGGCGACCUCCGCGGGGGCCGCGCCGUUGGCGCGGCCCCGGGCGGCGGCGAGCUCGGCCGGGCGCAGUUCGAGCUGCUGGUCGAGGAGCUGUCGGACAUGCAGCCGGACCCCCGGCGCAUCGCGGAGCUGAGGGAAGCGUUCAACCAGGCGGACGCGGAGGACAGCGGUUCGAUCUCCUUCGACCAGUUCGCAGUGCUGCUGUGCAAGCACAGCUUCUCCGAGUUCAUGAUCGUCGACCGCAUCUGCGAGCGUGAGCAGAACCGCAAGCUGGCCAGGGAGUCGGGCAUGACACUCGUGGAGGUGGAAGAUCUGCGGCUGGAUUACAGGAAGUACGACGAAAACGGCGAUGGCACGAUCGACAAGGAGGAGUUCAAACUCUUGUUGCAGGACAGGCUCAAGGUGAAACUGCAGGACAUCCCCACCACCCGAGUCCAGCACUGGUGGAGGUGCGCCGAUGAGAACAUGGACGGAACCAUCAGCUUUGAGGAGUUUAUCAGGUUCCACCGGAGAUUCUUCGGCGCCACGCGGUCCAAGGCGAACCCGCUUGACGGCUUCUACCGCAGCGGCGGGCUGACCGGCCGCCUCAGGUGACGUCGAGUACCGCCUCUUCGACACCUCCAACGACAGCCACGAUGAAAUUCGUCGCAUGCGACCUUCUCCUGUCAUUUGUCUUUGCGAGUAUCCAGGUGCCUGCGGCAAGUUGUGUGACCGUGCUUGCGCAGCUAUCUGUGUGGCGACGCUUCGAGCGACAUCCGCCCAGAUCAACAUCCCGUGUUGACACGUAUGCUUACUCAGCUGUAAUUUGGCCUUGCUUGGCGGCCCCACAGAGGGAUUACGCUGUUUACGGAAUUUAACUUUGCACGUGAGUUUCUAUGCUCUCGUGCAAGCAUGUUGCACUGUAUAAGGGUACUGCCUGGCAGUGCGCUACAUCAUGUCUGCAAUUGUCUGUAACAGUAACCAGCCGCUCCCGCCAGUUUCUGCCAAAUUAUGGUGGCAGCACAGAGGAGAUGUAUGUUAUAUUCCCCGCCACUGAGGGAAUGCAGCUGACUUGCCGCUUCCGUUCUGGAGCGAGUUUCACUGUCCACUGAGCUGAAUACUCCUUCCAAACGUACAUGGGGCACCUCUCUGUCAACCCCCGUCCACCCUGACAUGUAGGGCUUGCACCACUGCGCAUUUUGUAGGACUGAGCCUUUGCACAAUUCGAUGAAAUCGCGUUGUGAUGUCUAUACCGUUUGGGCAUUAUGGUGUUCGUGCUUGCUCGAGGCUUACAACCUUCAGGCUGGGAUCCGACCACACUCUUGUAAAAAAAACAGCUGUUGCGGUACACUUCUGUCUGUGUUGUUGAAAAA